UAGAUCGGAAGCGAUCCGCCAAUGGGGAGUGGUUUUUACAAUCUUUUGAAAGCAAAACUUACUCCAAAACCACCUUAACACCAACGAAUAAUUUUCUCUCUCUUCCUUUUUUUCUCUCUAAACUUUCAACUUUCUGAUCCGCAGGAGGGAAAUUUGUUCGGCUGCAAGAAACUCACCAUUGAUUCUCCGAUUUGGAAUUCCUUGAUCGAGUUUUGCCUAAACAACGCAUUUUAAUUUGUUGGUUUUGUAUUGAAGGACGUGGAUUGGAGGGGAAUCUUGAGGGAUUUUUUGGGAUUUUUUCUUUCCUGUUUUCUUUUUGUGGCGUCUUGAUCUCAAUCUUGAAGUCAUUGUCGGUGGGGUGGUUGAUGCGAGCUUAGAUUUCAUGGUGGUAUUUGGCCGCCAUGGACGGUGGUAGGCACGGUGGGGAGGCUGUGCUAGGGUUGUUUUUGUUGAGUUGUCGUGGCCAACGAUGACUACCUGAAGGAAGCUGCAUAGAGGAUGAUGCAGCUUCACUUCUCGCCUAGCAUGAGAAGCAUCACGAUCUCGACCAAUAAUGGCUUUAUUGAUUUCAUGAAGAUCAAGGUUGCAGCUCGCCAUAUCUCUUACCGGACCAUUUUCCACACCUUCCUCCUUCUCGCAUUUCUCUUGCCUUUUGUCUUUAUCCUCACUGCCGUCGUUACCCUCGAAGGCGUCAAUAAGUGCUCCUCGUUUGAUUGUUUAGGCAGGCGGUUGGGACCACGACUUCUUGGUAGGGUUGACGGUUCAGGGAGACUUGUCAGUGACUUUUACAAAAUUCUCAAUCAAGUUAAAACUGAGGAAAUACCCGAUGGACUAAAGCUGCCCGAUUCUUUCACUCAAUUGGUUUCGGAAAUGCAGAAUAACCAAUAUGAUGCAAAGACCUUUGCUAUAAUGUUGAAGGCAAUGAUGGAGAAAUUUGAAAAGGACAUUAGGGAAUCUAAGUUUGCAGAGCUGAUGCACAAGCACUUUGCUGCUAGUUCUAUUCCAAAAGGCAUCCACUGCCUAUCUCUUCGUUUAACUGAUGAAUAUUCAUCAAAUGCUCAUGCACGCAAACAACUGCCUCCUCCAGAGUUACUUCCUUUACUUUCAGAUAACUCUUAUCACCACUUUAUUUUGUCAACCGACAACAUUUUGGCCGCUUCUGUUGUAGUCAAUUCUGCUGUGCAGACUUCUCUCAGACCUGAAAAGAUAGUAUUUCAUGUCAUUACUGACAAGAAAACUUAUUCUGGUAUGCACUCAUGGUUUGCACUAAAUUCUAUUGCACCUGCAAUUGUUGAAGUGAAAGGCGUUCAUCAGUUUGACUGGUUGACAAGAGAGAACAUCCCAGUGCUUGAAGCUGUAGAAAACCAAAAUGGGAUAAGGAGUUAUUACCAUGGGAAUCACAUUGUUGGUGCUAAUCUCAGUGAUACAACACCACGGAUAUUUGCUUCAAAACUGCAGGCUAGAAGUCCAAAAUAUAUAUCCUUACUCAACCAUCUUCGCAUUUAUUUACCAGAGCUCUUCCCAAACCUGGACAAGGUGGUCUUCUUGGAUGAUGAUGUUGUGAUUCAGCGGGAUUUGUCUCCCCUUUGGGACAUUGAUCUUGAAGGAAAGGUAAAUGGAGCUGUGGAAACUUGUAAAGGUGAUGACGAGUGGGUAAUGUCAAAGCGGUUCCGCAACUACUUUAAUUUCUCCCAUCCAAUCAUAGCAAAGCAUUUAAAUCCUGAUGAAUGUGCCUGGGCCUAUGGAAUGAACGUCUUUGAUCUUCAUGCUUGGAGAAGGACAAAUAUAAGGGAAAUUUACCACUCAUGGCUGAGAAAGAAUCUGAGGUCAAACCUGACAAUGUGGAAGCUGGGUACGCUUCCCCCUGCUUUGAUUGCAUUUAGAGGCCAAGUUCAUCCUAUUGAUCCUUCAUGGCACAUGCUUGGCUUGGGCUAUCAGGAACGAACCAAUGUCGAGAACGUGAAGAAUGCAGCGGUUAUCCACUACAAUGGGCAACUAAAACCAUGGUUGGAGAUUGGCUUUGAGCAUCUUCGACCCUUCUGGACCAAGUAUGUCAAUUACUCCAAUGAUUUUAUAAGAAACUGUCACAUCGUGGAAUCAUAGUCAAUUGUCAAAGAAGUAACUGAAAGGGAGGAUGAGCAAGCUCAGCUAAAUUGAAUUAGUUUCCUCGUUCAGAAGGUUGCCCCAAUCCAUUCUGUUUGGACUAGUAUGAGAAAUGGGCAUUCACAUUCGUCUCAGCCAUCAGAUUCAUUCUUUCAGUUUGUAGGCAAUAGAAAUUCUUGGUUUUUAAUAUUUUUGGGUAUUGUUAAUUCAUCCUGCUGCUGCAGGGGUUUGAGUUUAGAGUUCUCCUGGUUACCACUGCUACUAAGUGGAAUAGAAAAGAGGAUAUUAUUAGGAAAGAAAAAGUUGAUUUGAUGCCUAUGCUGUCAUGCCAUUAGGUGCACAGAAGAAGGUCUAGGACAGCCCUCCCUACAAACAAACAACAUUUUUCCCGCCAGUUGCUUUUCAUUUUUUUUUU